GUGCUGCAGCCGGAAAGGUGGUCUUUUCGGCCGACGAGGCCGUGACACGCUCGGAGAACGGCGACAAGGCAUACGAUCGUGUGAAAACGGGAGAGGUGAUCCUGGUGCGGAUCGAGACAAGCCCAGACGACAUUCACGGCCUCCACGCGGCGGAGGGUGUCCUGACGACGCGUGGUGGGAUGACCAGCCAUGCGGCUGUGGUAGCGCGUGGCAUGGGCCGGCCCUGCGUGGCAGGUGCCGGCGAGGUGAAGGUUAACUACAGCUCCGCAUCCUUCGAGGUGGGCGAUGUGGUCGUCCGCGAGGGUCAGCUCAUCACCAUUGACGGUGUCACGGGACAGGUGAUGCUGGGAGAAGUCCCCACAGUGCCCCCGCAGCUCUCCGGCGCCUUUGGCACCAUCAUGUCCUGGGCCGACGAGUUCCGCACCAUGCAGGUUCGGGCCAACGCUGAGACACCCGCAGAUGCGCGCCAGGCGAAGGAGUUUGGGUGCGAAGGCAUCGGCUUGGUGCGCACGGAGCACAUGUUCUUUGAAGGCGGCCGGAUCGUG